AUGAUACACACGCCGCUUAUCAUUUGUUAUUCAAUCACGAAAGCGAGCGCACUGUUUCAGAGAUUAAAACAAAUUGCCAACGCGAAAAAUAAAAUGGAUAAUUUCCUCGAUUUCAAAGACAAAGUCGUUAUAUUAACAGGCGCUAGUUCAGGUAUCGGUGCAGAAACGGCAAGAAUUUUAUCAAGUUAUGACGCCAAACUGACAAUCGUUGGAAGGAACGCAGAGAGACUUAAAAAAGUGGCCCAAGAGUGUGAAGAAAAAAAAGGUAUGCCACCACUUCAAAUUCUUGUAGAUUUGACAUAUCCAGGAAGUUGUGAAACUGUCGUGCACAAGACUGUGGCAAGAUAUGGGAAAAUAGAUGUACUAAUUAACUGCGCUGGAAAUUUCUCUCUAUCGUCAGUGUUCGACGAAUCGAUUAACUCGUUCGAUGACAUAAUGGGUAUAAAUUUAAAAGUGCCGUAUCAUUUAACGCAACUGACGAUUCCUCAUCUAGUGAAAACAAAAGGGAAUAUUAUAAAUAUUUCAUUUUCUAUGACAAACAAAUAUAGACCGGGACUUUUGGUGAGCAAUAUGGCGAAGUCGGCUUUGGAAAGGUUCACAAUACAAGCAGCAGCAGAAUUAGCAACGGAGGGAGUUAGAAUUAAUACUGUCACGCCGGGCAUCACUAGGACAAAUAUUUUAUCGAGUCUGGAUAUAGAUGAUCCUACACAGCAGUACGUAUACGACUGGAUAUCAAGUAUUUUACCCUGUGGAAAAGUUCUUGAUCCAAAAGAGGUAGCUUUAUACAUAUGUGUGGUGGCUAGUGACGUUUUUAAAAACAUGACUGGAGCGAGUCUAGUUAUAGAUGGUGCUUCAUCGUUAGUUAGUUAG